AAGAGCGAUAACGUUAUCAACAUAUAUUCAAACAUGUAAGGUUAAAAUAUAGCUCCUACUCGUAUAUGCUGUCAAAUAUGCUGUGUCUUGUUAUACACACUAAAUGUGUAAGGUGUUUCCUGCGAAUUAGAUACUUAUUUUUAAGUGCUAUGCGGUUUUACCAAAGGCCCUGAACGCAGCGUGACACAACAGCGAAGAUGGCGUGUUGUGGAAACGGUUUUUGUUGCCGAUGUUGCGGCAGAGAAGGAGAGAGUCGGACACCAGAGGAACUGACGAUCCUCGGGGAAAUCCAAGAUGAAGAGGAUGAAAUUCUACCCAGGAAAGACUAUGAGAGCUUGGAUUAUGACCGCUGCAUCAGUGAACCUUACGUGGAGCUUCUCGAGAGAAUGGACAACAAGAAAGCAAAAAAGUAUGAAGCAGUGCGAUGGAUGCUGAUGUUUGCAAUCGGAGUCACCGUGGGUCUGGUGGGCCUCUUUGUGGAUUUCUUUGUUCGCCUCUUCAGCAAAAUCAAAUAUACUUUGGUUGCGAAUUCUGUGCAGCAGUGCAGUGAGACAGGCUGUCUCCCUCUGUCCCUGUUGGAGCUCCUGGCCUUCAACAUGACCUUCGUCUUCAUCGCCAGUGUGCUCGUCCUGGUUGAGCCUGUAGCUGCAGGUUCUGGGAUCCCAGAAAUUAAAAGUUACCUAAACGGAGUGAAGGUUCCAGGAAUCGUCCGGCUACGAACUUUCCUCUGCAAAGCUGCUGGAGUCCUGUUCAGUGUGGCGGGAGGUCUGUUUGUGGGGAAAGAGGGGCCAAUGAUUCACAGUGGAGCCAUAGUGGGGGCCGGCCUUCCUCAGUUUCAGAGCAUCACUUUCAAGAAGAUCAAAUUAGAUUUUUCCUACUUCCGCAGUGACAGGGACAAGCGAGACUUUGUGUCAGCGGGUGCAGCAGCUGGAGUAGCUGCUGCAUUUGGUGCCCCGAUAGGUGGCACGCUCUUCAGUCUGGAGGAGGGCUCCUCUUUCUGGAACCAGGCACUCACUUGGAAAGUACUCUUCUGCUCAAUGUCGGCCACUUUCACCCUCAACUUCUUCCGUUCUGGGAUCAACUUCAACAAGUGGGGCUCCUUCCAGCUGCCUGGUCUGCUCAACUUUGGAGAGUUCAAGUGUCCAGAUGAAGAAAAGAACUGCCACCUGUGGACUGCAGUGGACCUGGCCUUCUUUGUCCUGAUGGGGGUGGUGGGUGGCUUGCUGGGGGCGCUCUUCAACUGCAUGAACAAAAGCCUGGCCAAGUAUCGCAUGAGGAACAUCCACCAAAAAGCCAAGUUCAUCAGACUUUUAGAGAGUCUACUGGUUGCCAUGGUGACAACAGUGGUGAUAUUUGCUGCUUCCAUACUGUUAGGAGAAUGUCGUGACCUCUCCUCCCCCACAACCCACAACACCACGCUGUCCAGCAGUGAGGCCAUCAACUCAACUAUUCGCCAGUUCUUCUGCACCAAUAAGACCUACAACGACAUGGCCACGCUGUUCUUCAACCCACAGGAGACUGCUAUUCACCAGCUCUUCCACCAGGAUGGAACCUUUAGUCCUGUGACUCUGUCAGUGUUCUUCCUGCUCUACUUCCUGUUGGCCUGCUGGACCUACGGUGUGUCUGUGCCCAGCGGCCUCUUUGUUCCAUCACUGCUCUGUGGGGCCGCUUUUGGACGUCUGGUUGCCAACAUCCUCAAAGUGAAGCUGGAAAUGAACAUCUACCCGGGGACCUUUGCUCUGAUUGGAGCUGCUGCCUUCCUGGGAGGCGUGGUCAGGAUGAGCAUCAGUCUGACUGUCAUCCUAAUUGAAUCCACCAAUGAAAUCACAUAUGGGCUGCCCAUCAUGAUAACUCUAAUGGUUGCCAAGUGGACGGGAGAUUUUUUCAACAAAGGCAUCUAUGACAUCCACAUCCAGCUGAGAGGAGUGCCGCUGCUGGAGUGGGAGACUGAGGUUGAAAUGGACAAGCUGACAGCUAGUGAUAUCAUGGAGCCCAACCUGACCUAUGUGUACCCCCACACACGGGUCCAGUCUUUGGUCAGCAUCCUGCGCACCACGGUCUACAAUGCCUUCCCUGUGGUCACAGAGAACCGGCACAACGAGCGGGACUUCAUGAAGGGCAACAUCCUGGUCAGCAACAACAUCCGCUUUAAGAAAUCCAGCGUGUUGUCCCGCGCGGGGGAGCAGCGGCGGCGCUGCCAGUCCAUGAAGUCAUACCCCUCCAGCGAGCUGAAGAACGUCUGUGAGGAACGCAGCGCUGUGGGGGGGAGGGGAGGAGGGGAGGACCUGCUGCAGCAGAUGUUAGAGAGGAGGCAUGCUCCGUACCCCAACCUGUACCCGGACCAGUCCCCCAGCGAGGAGUGGAGCAUGGAGGAGCGCUUCAGACCGCUCACCUUCCACGGACUCAUCCUGCGCUCCCAGCUGGUCACCCUGCUCAUCAGGGGAGUCUGCUACUCCGAGAACCAGUCGAGCGCCACUCAGCCCCGGUUGUCCUAUGCAGAGAUGACUGAAGAUUACCCACGUUACCCCGACAUCCAUGACUUGGACCUCGCCCUGCUCAACCCCCGCAUGAUAGUGGAUGUCACCCCCUACAUGAACCCGAGCCCAUACACUGUGUCCCCCAACACCCACAUCUCCCAGGUGUUCAACCUUUUCAGGACCAUGGGCCUGCGACACCUGCCAGUGGUGAACGCUGUCGGAGAAAUCGUUGGAAUAAUCACACGACAUAAUUUAACCCAUGAGUUCCUUGUGGCCAAACUGCGACAGCACAGCAUCCGUGUUUGAAGCCACUGAACGUCCUGCUGUCCUCCCGACACAGACUCUGUCCUGCAGUCCUCCUGACACAGACUCUGUCCUGCAGUCCUCCUGACACAGACUCUGUCCUGCAGUCCUCCCGACACAGACUCUGUCCUGCAGUCCUCCUGACACAGACUCUGUCCUGCUGUCCUCCCGACACAGAUUCUGUCCUGCUGUCCUCCCGACACAAACUCUGUCCUGCUGUCCUCCCGGCACAGACUCUGUCCUGCGGUCCUCCCGACACAGACUCUGUCCUGCUGUCCAUCCCUUCAGCAGGACACACCUCAGUGCUGCUAUAGUAAGCCUCCUCCUGCCUGCCUCACCAUCCGACGGCCUGACCCAUGAAACAGGUGUAUUGUCAUACAACCGUCUCAAACAUAUUUGACUAAAGUCAAAUAUGUUUGUUAAAACGUGUUGAUAGAAAGGUUUAACACCACACUAAUCUCCCCUCAUGUAUCUGUUUGAUGUAUUCAGUGAGCAACAGCAGUGAGGAUAUGGAAGUACCAAUGCUCUGAUACUGAUAGUAUUGUUUCAGCAUGAUUUUUUGUGGCCACCAUGUACUCAUAGCUCGUAGUCUCCAAGUUUUUAACCCUGGUCACACAAAAGGAGGAAACUGGACAAUGUCUAGUGAUUUCAGGUCUGCUGUCCAGCUCUCUGACCCUUUUUCUGCUGGAUGGAGACACAAUCGACAAGUAAGAGCUUGGUAAGCAGAAUAAAGAAGUCCUAGUCCUACAUAGCUAGCUAUACAGUCUGAGGGACAUCUGAAGGACAGUCUGAGAGAUGGAAGGACUGUGACGUGGUUGUAGGGACUGAGAGCUUUAACCUGUAAUGUAACUGUUGUUUUUCUCGUUGCAAUUACAAGAUGGAGAAAAUGAGCAAGCUUUGCAGAACACACACACUUAGUCUGGUCACAAUCCAUGUUUAAGUCUAAGUUCCAGGUGAGGCUGUCUGCUGCUCUUCAUCUGAAAGUAAGACCUGCAGAGAAACUAGUCCAUGCUUGUGUAACUUCAGGGCUGGACUAUUGUAAAUCUUUAUUAUCAGGCUGUACCAAAAAGUCUCUUAAAAUUCUUCAAUCAAAAUGCUGCUGCAGGCAUUUGAAAGAGAACAGGAAAAAGAUGUGGUUUCUUUGAAGGUUUGCAGGUGACAGUUAAGUGGCAAAGCUUUCCUUGGCACCUGCAUGACAUCACGUUGAAAAUAGUUUCUUAUGCUUUAUCUCUGUCACUGAAGUACUUUUAAUUUUGACUGUUUUUACAUGUGUAUUUACUGUGGGACUGAGUGCACUGAAGAGAGUGACAACAUGAUCAUUGUUCUGUUUUUAUAAUCCAAGGUAAUAUUGUCCCUGUUAUUCCUCGGGUCAGCGUGAGGUCGACUGAAGUUUUGUUAAAAAAGGACUUUAUUCAAGCGAAAAGGUCUCAUUUUAAUUUUACUAAUGUGUUAACUAUUUCAUGUUAGUCCUCUGCGAUAUGUUGAUCAUCACUGGAGCAUGUUUCUGGUCCCUCGUACUCGUUCAUUGUCAUUUCCCUUAAAUGUGACUCAAGAGAAGUAGCAGGAUGGACAGGAAGUCCACUGUCAGGUUGGAACAUAUUAUAUUAUUGUUUCUUCUCUGCUUUAUGUUUAAUUUAAAAGAUUAUUUUUAUACAGUUUUAUGUUUAUGAUUUGCUGUUAUGUUAUGUGUUUAUAAUAUAGGCACUGCUCGUUUGUUAUUUUAAAAAGACUAUUUUAAUGUUAUGCAUUCCAAAUACUAAUAUGGCAUGACAAGUCAGAAUAUAUGAUUACAUGUUGCUAAGUUUCAUAGGACCUCUGUCUGUGCCUUUCUUUCUGUUAAAUAAAAGUUCAGUUUCAUCAAA